UCGGUGUGUCCGGCCUCGCCAUGCUCCGCCUGGGCCCCGCGCUCCUGGCCCGCCUGGCCCGCGCCCCGCUCCGCGCCCCGCUCCGCGCCCCGCUGCGGCCGUGCGGGGCGGCGGCGGCGGGCCAUGGCGAGGAGCAGGAGCGCUUCGUCUUCCUCGAGUACGAGCCGGACGCGGCUGAGAGAGCGGCGGCGGCAGCGGCGGCAGCGCUGCGCCGGGAGCGGGAGCUGAAGGUGAAGCCGAAGCCGCGGCGGGAGCGCGGCGCGGCGGCGGCAGUGCCGAGCCUGUCCGACCCGUCGGUGCCGCCGAGCGGCGUGAGCUGCUCUGGUUGCGGGGCCGAGCUGCAGUGCGGGGACGGCGGCGCGCCGGGCUUCGUGCCGGCCGAGCGGUACCGCAGCCUGGUGUCCGAGGGCCCCGCGGGGCUGCGCGGCGCCGUGUGCCAGCGGUGCUGGGCACUGGAGCACCACGGCAGCGCCCUGCGGCUGCGGCUGCCGCCCGAGCAGCACCGGCGCGUGGUGAGCUCUGCCCUGCGCCGCCCGCCCCGCCACGGCCGCGGGCCGCUGCUGCUCUACGUGCUCGACGUGAUGGAGCUGCCCGACCCCGUGCUGCCGCAGCUGCCCGCGCUGCUGGGCCCCGGCGUGCCCGCCGCCGGCGUGCUGGUGGUGGGCAACAAGGUGGACCUGCUGCCCGCGGACUGCCGCGGACACCUGGGGCGGCUGCGGCAGCGGGUGGCGGCCGCCUGCGCCCGGGCCGGGCUGCGGGGAGCCGCGCUGGUGGACAUCCGCCUGGUGAGCGCCAAGACCGGCUACGGCGUGGAGGGGCUGGUCAGCCGGCUGCAGCGCUCCUGGAAGUGCGCCGGAGAUGUCUACCUGCUGGGCGCCACCAACUCCGGCAAGUCCACGCUCUUCAACACCCUGCUGCGCUCCGACUACUGCAAGUCCCGCGCCCCCGACAUCAUCGACAGGGCCACCGUGUCCCCCUGGCCAGGAACAACACUGAACCUGUUGAAAUUUCCAAUUAUUAACCCUACGUGUGACAGGAUAUUCCGAAGGCAGGAGAGGCUAAAAGAAGAGGCCACAAAAACAGAAGAUCAGCUAAGCAAUGAAGAAAAAAAGUACCUUAAUCAACUUAAAAAGCAAGGUUACCUAGUGGGAAGAGUUGGAAGAACAUUUCAACAGCAGAAGCCUAGUGUUGAGAUUGACUUCGACCCUGACACACUCUCUUACAGCAUGGAUGACGAUCCUAGAGAUGCCCCUAAGAAGCCUGAGGAAAGGGAGGAGUUCACUCACAACGAAGUGAAGGAUGCUCGAUGGUGUUUUGACACUCCAGGAAUUGUAAAGGAAGACUGUGUUUUGAAUCUCCUAACAGAGAAGGAAGUAAAGCUGGUUUUGCCAUCACAUGCCAUUGUUCCACGGACUUUCAUUCUCAAGCCAGGAAUGGUGUUGUUUUUAGCGGCCUUGGGACGUAUAGACUACUUAGAGGGAGAAAAGCCUGCCUGGUUUUCUGUCUUGGCUUCUAACCUGCUGCCAGUCCAUGUUACUACACUGAGUAAUGCAGACACCCUCUAUGAAAAGCAUGCAGGCCAAGAGUUCCUCAAGGUUCCUAUGGGUGGGGAAGAAAGAAUGAAAGAGUUCCCCCCACUUGUCCCUCAAGACAUUACACUGAAAGGAAUUGGUACCACUGAGGCAGUUGCAGAUAUCAAACUUUCCUCUGCAGGCUGGGUGGCAGUGACAGCUCACGAGAAAGAGGAACUGCUGCUCCGAGCCUACACUCCCAAGGGCACUGCAUUGGUGGUGAGGGAGCCUCCUCUUCUGCCUUACAUCAGUGCCAUCAGAGGGGCCAGGAUCCCAGGCACUCCUGCCUACAGGACCAAAAAGCCUCCUUCCUUUGUGGAAAACCUAAGAACCACAGGAAACAGAUAGUGCCUCUCAUCAUUCGAGCAAGGCAGAAGCCAGAACAGCCCCUGGAGAAGCUUGUGACUUACUGGUAUUCAGAAAAUGUUGGGACUCAUUUUGAAAGGCCAGCAGGCACAUUUUGGAAAGCAGGGAGGAGCUCCACAAGUCCACAUGUGAUCCAGCUGCUGAACUGAAGCCAUUUUGAAUGAACUGGGAGGCUGGGACCUUGCUUUGGGAGGAGAAAUUGCUUCUCCCUGGGAUCUGCAUUGAUGGGCAGAUCCCUUUACCUGUUCCCUCUUGAAAUACAGGGUGGAACUCA